AUCAGGCUUGAGCUACAGUGACACACACUCUCAGAAGAUUCUGUAACAGCAUCAGCAUGUGCAGUCUGAGAGCUUACAGGAGCAUUAGUGAGCAGGAAGCCUAGGGGACGGCAGCAGUGACUGGCAGCAAACAGACAGCUCGUGUUAUAAAUCAGCCUGGCACAGUCUGUGGAGAGAGAGAGAGACUGGAGACAGACCGCAUUGCAGGGCAGACACACAUAGCAGAGCAUGAGUUCAGAAAUGGAGGUGUGGAGCAGUUCGGGAAUGGAUGAGAACGAAAGAGACAGCAGCACCAGCCAUGAUGAAGAUGAUGAAGAACCAGAGGACGAAGGGGAACCCGACACUGAGGGACUGUGCAGGGAGCUGGUGCAAGUGCUGUGCUCCGAGAGAGUUGGUCAAAUCACAAAGACGUAUCAUGACAUUGAGGCAGUUACACAUCUGCUUGAGGAGAAAGAGCACGAUCUGGAAUUGGCAGCCAGGAUUGGCCAGUCACUGCUCAAGCAGAAUAAAGCCCUGACUGAACGCAACAAACUACUGGACGAACAGCUGGAAAUCACCAAGGAAGAGAUUGCCCAGCUGCGUCAUGAGCUCUCCAUGAGAGAUGAUCUCCUGCAUUUCUAUGCCAGCACUGAAGAUAUAGAGCAUGCCUCAGAAACGCUACUUAUACAGAGUGAUUCGUCCUCAUCUCUCAGCAACUACGUCAAUUACGACUUCCUGCAACAGAAACUCAAGGGUUUAGAAGACGAGAACUUCAAACUGCGCACAGAGGCUAACGAGUUAACAUUUGAGACGAACAAUUAUGAGGAACAAGAGCAACGGCUUAUGAUGGUGUGUGUGGACGAACUCUCUACAGUAAAUAAACAGGUUGUAUCUCUGUCAGAAGAAUUAGGCCGGAAGGUGGAAGACUCGCUAAGACAACAAGAGGAGAUUAGUGCCCUCCUGGGACAGAUUGUCGACCUGGAGCAGCGCUGCAAAGGGUUCACUGCUGAGAAUGAGGAGUUAAGGCAACAUCUGAAUGCUUCCCGGGAAUCCCAGUCACAGCUUAAAACAGAGCUGAAGGAACUGCAGGAGAGGUACUCAGAAUGUGAAGACAUGCUCCAUGAGGCCAGAGAGGACAUUAAGAACCUGCGCAAUAAGAGUCUGCCCAACAGCACUGUGCAGCGUUACAGCACCCUGGUAGCAGUCCUCCCAAUGGAUUCACUCGCUGCUGAGAUUGAAGGAACCUUCCGGAAAGGCCUAGACAGCCCAGCACCCACUGAAUACAAGAAUCAUCCGUUGCGGGUGUUUGAGACCGUGAAAGUGGCCAAUCAGGCGGCUCGGCUACGUUCCCAGAUUCACUCUCCACAGGUUCCGGGUUCGAGCCCUACAUCAUUACGCUCUAGUCGAAUCAGUACACCACGGACCAGUUAUUACGAAUCAGACAAUAUUAGUGUCAACAUGUCGGAUAAGCACUCCCCUCCCACGCACACACAGGAUCAUGGGUUACUGGAGUCGAAGCGUUUGGGCCAGCCAGGUACGCCAGGUGGGCAGGAUUUGGAGGAAGCGCUCCAGUCUCUCUCAGAGCGUCAGGAGAGGCACACGUCCGAGCGGCCGUUCUUCGAGGUGGAGAGAGAAAGGAAACUGCGUGCCCUGCAGAGUGGAAGCAACGGCAGUGGCGGCGGCUCCAGCGGCUUCCUGACGCCCAACGGCAGCGUCGCAUCCACAGGAACCAACUACUCCGGCACCUCCACGCAUUCCUCAGGCACGGGCUCCUCCCGCUCGUAUCUGCCUGAACGGCUGCAGAUAGUCAAGCCGCUGGAGGCUCUGCUUCCUAGGUACUAUCAUGGUUUUAAUCCACCCUGCCUUCAGUGUAGUGCUCAUGUGUUUGUGUUUCCUCACAUGAAUGCAGUCCCUUCAUCCGGACUUAACAUCCCUCAGACCUCACCCACAUCUCCGACCACUAGCUGUCAGAUCCUCCAUCCCUCCGUCCUCCUCUCCUCCUUCUCCACCAGCCUUCGGCCCCGCAGUGCAUCCGCUUGUGGGAGCUGUGAGCACGUGAGGACAUCAUCAGGCCUCCAGUUCAUCUCUGGGUCCACAUCACACCUCCACCAGACCUCCUCCCUAGGUCUGCUACAACUUGUAUCAGAGCACGGCAUCUCGGCUGCAAUUCAUCCCAACUCCCCUCUCAUUCACAGAGCCACCGCAUAUUCUGAGGAAACACAGCGGGGUUCUGAUGGAAGUGAACAAGAAAAAAGAGAAAAAGCAUGGCAGGGAAACAUUUUCAGCGUCAAUCUUGUGGAAAAACUCAGAAGCCUGGGCCUGUACAAAGUGGUUGCCAGAGGCUUUGUGGAUUUUGGUCGAAAAGAAAAACCAGCCCCCCAUGAAACACAAAAAGACGUUCACCAUUAAAGGUGCCAUUUUGUGCAUCACCCUCAUUGUAGCAUGCAGCUAAACUUUUCCAAUUUGUAAUGGGCCAUUCCGAAAGCCAUAUCAAGUUUUUAUUUCUGUAGUGACUUCUUAUUGGCUUUGGGAAUUUUAAGUAUGGACUGCACCUCAAAAAAUUCUGAAGUCAAACACACCUGUGUUUAUAUCAUUGUUAUUGCAGGGUGUUUUAAACUCUUCAGAAGGGAAUAGCUGUACAUAUGUUGACUUUUUAACAUGUCCUCUUUUGUUGAGACUUUGUCUGUCACUAUCAGUCUUGAAAUCACAGUUUUAUUGUUAUGAAAUUGUAGCAGCACUACAGAAAAAUGCACUACGUGGCCUCAAUUUUUGCUUGCUGCCAACCAAGCAUCGGUGUCAGUAGUGCGUUUUGCUUCAUAAUAGCACUUUUCAGGGCAUUCAAAUCCCUUUUCUUGAGGAAUGCAGGGUACAUUAUGUGAGGUUACGUACUGUACCUGCAGUCUAAACGCUGUAAAAAUGAGAAGCUGUAUUCAUGAUGACUGUUGGUGGUCGAUUUAGGGAACAUUAUAGUCUUGUUGAGUGAAUAGAAGUGAUCUUGUGCUUUAUUUUCACUGUGCUUUAAUGCAAGAACACCUCAUGUGAUGGUACACCAUGCACACACGUAUGUCAUGCAACUUUAACACGUUUUCACCUUAAUGUUUGUAAUGCAUAUGAUUGUGUUUUGCAAGAAUCAGGGAUGCAGUAAUAAAGUUAAGUGCUCUAGAGCCGUAAAUUGUGAAUACACAAUCGGGUAAUUCUAACACAGAGUCGUCUAGGGGUGAAUUUGUAUCACAGGAUUAUUCAUUGAACACAGCUUUGUUUUCUUCUCCAUCAACAUCUUCCAUUGUGUCCACUUGUGUUUGUCAACCAAGUGAACAGAAAUAUGGUAAUCUGUAUAUGGAGAAAGCCUUGUAUGCAUUUGAGAUUUUCAAAGGGGCAUGAUAAGGUGUAGUAUUUACUGAUCUAAAGUCUCAGACAAAAUGGUUAUUUAAAAAGUAAUAUAUUUAAAUAAAAAUGUCUACCUGAAAUGCCACUCUGUGUAAAACACAAUGCAUGGUCGCCAUUUUUGUAGAAUAUGUAAAGUGUUGUUU